CGCAAUCUCUACAUGAUCUAUUGAAUAUGUUAAAGUUCUUUAUUCUUGUUUUGGGGAUAUUAUUCGUAUAUGGAAGCGAUAAUAUCGACAAACAAUCUUCCAAACGACUUCUUUUAAAUGACCCUGACGUGAUUGGUAACCGAUUAGCACAUAUUGAGUCAACCCUGCAAACUGUUACUAGAUCGUUGACGGAUUUAGAGACAAGGUACAGUCACCAAGAAGGUGUUAUUAGUGGUUUACAAAAGGAACUGGAAGUUGAAAGGACUAAAUCUCAAAUCCAUGGUUCCACAUAUAUUCGAUGGGGACGAGGUGAUUGUUCAGGAACAAAUACAGAUCUAGUUUAUUCAGGUUAUGCUGUAGGAGAGAAAUACAUUUACAGCAGUGGCUAUAAAGGAGGUGCAUCAAAUAUGCUCUGCUUGCCAACCGACCCAGAACUCAGCAAUAAUACUGCAUCUUCAAGUGAUAGUUAUAUGUAUGGAACAGAAUACCAAGAUAGUCAUUUUGGAUCAAUUGUUGACGAGGACGUGACAUGUGCAUUAUGUCGCAGUACAAACACAUCUUCAUCUGUCAUGUUCCCAAGCAGAAAAAACUGCUACUCCGGAUGGAAAGAAGAAUAUAGUGGCAUAAUUGUAUCUAGUGCCUAUUCUCAUAACCCGUCUCCGUAUAUAUGCGUAGAUUCUCAUCCAACAUUCGUCACUGGAGGCAAAAGAAGUAACGACGACCAUAUGCUUUACAUCACUAAAAUGCGUUGUGGAUCUUUACCGUGUCCACCGUACGUUGACAACGUCCAGGUGUAUUGUGUUGUCUGCUCAAAAUGAAAUAAGAAUAUUAAUCUUUGUAACUUUUA